UGUUUUUUUUUAUUGACAUUGACAUCUCAGGUAUUUUGUGAUUUGAGGUUAGAAGUAAAGAGAAAUGAAAAGGUGAUCUAAAAUUAACAUUUUUGUUCCAUUCCAUUGUUCAUUAUUCUGUUACCUGUGAAUACAAUGGAUUUUUUCUUUAUACCCUACACAGUUAUGAAGCCUACCUGAAUAUCCUUUAGGGUAUAUACCUAUCUAUGUUUUACUAUACCGGGUUAACUAAUCAAUAAAUAGUGAUUGUGUGACCUGCUCAAGCUCAAUAAAUCAAAAUAAUUGAACCAAUCAUAGGUAUGUUUCUUUCAAGUCAUGUCCUAUACAGAACUGGAACAUGGGUAUCAAGGUUUGCGUAAAGCAACCAGACCUGCACACUUCUAUGUGGGGGCAGGUGAUUUAGAACUAUGCGAUUCAAGCGAUGUAAGUAUAAGCCCCCAAGACAUGGACGACGAUGGAGGCAAGGUGGUCGUAGUGGGCGUUUGCGCUAUGGAAAAGAAAACUCAAAGUAAACCCAUGAAAGAAAUUCUAACACGUUUGCAGGAGUUUGAGUACAUAAAAGUGAUCGUUUUCGAGGAAGAAGUUAUACUGCAGAAGUUAGUAGAAGAUUGGCCAGUAUGUGAUUGUCUCAUAUCAUUCCAUUCUAAAGGAUUUCCUUUAGAUAAAGCCAUUCAGUACGCUCAGUUACAUAAUCCGUUUGUUAUAAAUAAUCUACAUAUGCAAUAUGAUAUUCAAGAUAGAAGAAAAGUGUAUUCCACUCUUGACGGUGAAGGAAUAGAAAUCCCUCGUUACGCUGUUUUAGAUAGAGACAGCCUAGAUCCAAAAUAUCAUGAGCUAGUCGAAUCUGAAGAUCAUGUAGAAGUUAAUGGUGUUACUUUUAACAAACCAUUUGUAGAAAAACCUGUUUCAGCUGAGGACCAUAAUAUUUAUAUAUAUUACCCGACAUCAGCGGGCGGGGGUAGUCAACGACUUUUUAGGAAAAUUGGUAGUAGAAGCAGCGUAUAUUCUCCAGAAUCUCGAGUUAGGAAAACAGGAAGUUUUAUUUAUGAAGAUUUCAUGCCAACUGAUGGAACGGAUGUCAAAGUGUAUACUGUAGGCCCAGACUACGCCCAUGCUGAAGCUAGAAAGUCUCCAGCUCUAGACGGCAAAGUAGAAAGAGAUCGCGACGGCAAAGAGAUUCGUUAUCCUGUGAUACUCAGUAACGCUGAAAAGUUGAUUUCUCGAAAAGUCUGUUUAGCUUUCAAACAAGCCGUUUGUGGAUUCGAUUUGCUCAGAGCCAACGGGAAGUCUUUCGUUUGUGAUGUGAAUGGUUUUAGUUUUGUCAAAAAUUCUAACAAAUACUACGAUGAUUGCGCCAGGAUUUUGGGAAAUAUGAUUUUACGAGAAUUAGCGCCAACGCUUCACAUACCUUGGUCAGUACCUUUCCAACUAGAUGAUCCACCCAUAGUUCCUACUACUUUUGGUAAAAUGAUGGAAUUGAGAUGCGUAGUAGCCGUCAUUAGACACGGUGAUCGGACGCCUAAGCAAAAGAUGAAGGUAGAAGUUCGUCAUCCAAAAUUCUUUGAAAUUUUCGAAAAAUACGACGGAUACAAGCACGGUCAUGUUAAGCUAAAAAGGCCAAAACAAUUACAAGAAAUUUUAGAUAUAGCUAGAUCGUUAUUAACUGAAAUUCAGCACCAUGAAGCUGAUCCCGAAAUUGAAGAAAAACAGGGAAAACUCGAGCAAUUAAAAGCUGUUUUGGAAAUGUAUGGACAUUUUUCCGGUAUUAAUAGGAAAGUUCAAAUGAAGUAUCAACCUAAAGGUAGGCCUAGAGGGUCUAGUUCAGAUGAUGUAGACAAGCCUGCGGAACCUUCGUUGGUCUUAAUACUAAAAUGGGGCGGCGAAUUAACUCCCGCUGGUAGAAUCCAAGCGGAAGAACUGGGAAGAAUAUUCCGUUGCAUGUAUCCAGGAGGACAAGGUAGACAUUUGGCUGGCGAAUAUGCUGGGGCUCAGGGAUUAGGCCUCUUAAGACUACAUUCUACUUUCCGUCACGACCUUAAAAUUUACGCCUCUGACGAAGGCAGAGUCCAAAUGACCGCAGCAGCUUUUGCUAAAGGCUUACUAGCGCUAGAAGGGGAACUGACCCCUAUUUUGGUUCAAAUGGUUAAAAGCGCCAAUACAAACGGACUCUUAGACAAUGACUGCGAUAGUAGCAAAUAUCAAAAUAUGUGUAAGGCAAGAUUACAUGAUCUCAUGCAAUUGGAUCGAGAUUUUACUCCGGAAGAUCGAGAAAAAAUUAAUCCUUGCAAUUCCACGAGCAUUUCCGAGGCUCUUGAAUUUGUUAAAAAUCCAGUAAAAUGCUGUAGACACGUACAGGAAUUAAUCAAGAAUCUUUUAGAAAUUGUACAUGUCAAAAAAGAAGAUCCAAAAUCAAAAGAUGCAGUUCUCUAUCAUGGUGAAACUUGGGAAUUAAUGGGUAGGAGAUGGGGAAAAAUAGAAAAAGACUUUUUUACCAAAAGCAAAACUUUCGAUAUUAGCAAAAUUCCAGAUAUAUACGAUUGCAUUAAGUAUGAUCUGCAACAUAAUCAACAUACCCUUCAAUUUGAACAAGCUGAGGAGUUAUAUACUUAUGCUAAAUAUUUGGCGGAUAUCGUUAUACCUCAGGAAUACGGUCUCACGUCCCAAGAGAAACUGACGAUAGGCCAAGGCAUCUGCACUCCUUUGCUGAAAAAAAUCAAAGCCGAUUUGCAGAGGAACAUAGAAGAAACUGGAGAGGAGACUGUGAAUAGAUUGAAUCCGAGGUAUUCGCACGGAGUGUCGAGUCCUGGGAGACAUGUAAGGACCAGACUUUACUUCACAAGUGAGAGCCAUAUUCACUCGUUAAUUACGGUGCUGAGACAUGGUGGUCUACUAGAUGUCAAAAAGGACGAGCAGUGGCGUAGAGCAAUGGAAUACGUCUCCUGUGUAUCUGAACUUAAUUAUAUGUCGCAGAUAGUGAUCAUGCUAUACGAAGACCCCACAAAAGAUCCUUACAGCGAAGAAAGAUUCCAUAUUGAACUACAUUUUAGUCCCGGUGUUAAUUGUUGCGUCCAGAAAAAUCUUCCACCCGGCCCUGGAUUUAGGCCACAUUCUAGAAAUGAAUCUGCGGGCAGUAAAAAUUGCAGUUUAAAUACUUCUGAAACGGCUACCCCUGAAGAUCCCAAGAGUAGAUGUUCACCGAGAAUCGAUGAAGAAGGAGAAAUUGCCAUAGAAGAGGAAAAAUAUGUGUUGAAUUUGCCAAAAACUCCAGAAUUUCCUACUGAAAACACAGAUCAGACUCCACCUGAGUCUCCAGGCGUUCCUUAUAGAUGUACUUUAAAAAGUAGCGAUCCCAUCCCUAUAGGGAGCUCACAUACGGUAAGCGGCCACGAAGCGAUGCACUUGGCAAAACGACUUAACGAAGAAUUGGCCAAUCAAGCAGCUAACCAAGGAAGCCGCAGUUACGGUCUCAAUAGGGCCACUAGUCCCGAGUUAGAACAACAGAGAUCGAGAAGCUACGACCAUAAGAGUCCCCAAAAAGGAGGCAAAGCUCAGAAAUUACAUCAAAGUUUGGACGCUGUUAACAGCUCAGAUUCACCUCACGAUACUGAAUCAUCAUCCAUCACACCAACAAACACCCCAAAAACACCACCAGUAGAUAUUCCGAUUCCGAAAAGUUUUGGUAAUUUCAACGAGUUUUCCUGUACAAGGAAUGUUUCGAUAGAAAAACCGGAACUAAGUCCAAUUUCCGGAUCAAUAGAUUUUGAGUACAUAAACGAUUUUGAUUCUCCCACUCCUCCUGGAUUAAACAAGGGUAGUAUGUCACUACCGAGUGAAAAAGUAGAAGGUGUAGGUAAAAUUAAACCGUCAAGUGCCACAAAUGAGCUGCCACUAACUGAACUCAAUUUAGCUCUAUUUACAUCUAAAUUGGAUUCUAAAAACUCUUGCGUAAUGAGUACAAAUGAAUUACCAUUAUCUUCACUUAAAUUUUCGAGUAGAUCCUGUAGAGUGUCCAGACAAAAUACAUUAGAUAGUCAAACUGAUGACAUUUCAAUGGAGGUAAAUUGGGAAAUUGAUAUGAAAGAACUCGAUGACAAGUCUAAAUCUGGUAAAGAAAUUAGUAGACACAGAUCCUUCUCUGACCCGAAUAUCUUAGAUGUGGAAUGGGUAAAUCAUUCCGACAAGAACUAUCUAAUGAAAAAGUAUAACGAUAGUAUGAAAGAUCAAAUUACCAGUUUGUCUCCUCCCGAAACGGAUCCUUUCUCCCCGUUCAGCUUUUAUCCCGAGCAUGCUCCCGAUACCACUUGCCUGCUUUGUGUUACUCCCCGCACCAACCCCCACCUACUUUCUUUCUUUACUUCGCCCCCCCGGAGAUUAAGUACAUCUCGAUCGUUGUCACACCCUACUCCUUGUGUGAAUCCUUGCGUAUCCAAUGCAGAAUGCGGAGCCCAAAGUAUCAAACGCCAUCGACACAGCAUUGCCGGACAGAUGAGCUAUUACAAGAUGCUGGGAUUCGGGUGCGGAGGUCCUCUGGGAUUGAAGAAGCUCGUCGGAAGUAGUACCAAUUCGUUGUUCUCCACCGCCGUCAUUUCUGGUAGUUCCAGCGCGCCGAAUUUAAGAGAUAUGAUUACUAGUUCGAGUAAUGCUACAGCUAUUGAUGGUUUCGGAGGUGUACCGGCAAUCAGGCCUUUAGAAACCUUACAUAACGCAUUGUCUCUGAAACAAUUAGAUUCUUUUUUGGAUCGCAUGACCACUGCUCCAAUUUUUCGGACACCAUCAUCUACACCUCCUAGAUAUCCAUCGACUCCAUUGCCUACGCCGACAAAUGGAUGUGGCCUAUCCUUAGAGAAGGGAAGGCCUCUUAAGCUACAGUCUCCUAGUAACAGUGUAGGUUGGAGUGGCCCUCCAAGUUUGAUGUCCAGUAGUGGUCCCUCUUCUCCGGGCUAUUCUGAGAGCAAUUCCAAAGGAAGCAGUAGCGAGAUGUCUUCCAGUAUAAUCAGUGCCGAUGGGAUUACAGUUGAUAACCUCAAUAAAAUGUUCCCAACAGCUCCAGGUCUGGAUCAAGAUUUAGGCAGUGUCGGAAUGCUGUUAGAUUCAUUCGAUAAGGAUAUAUCGGAAUCGAUGGAAUUUUCUGAAUAUUACUCGAAUAAUUCCAAGCCGAGAGUAUCUGAAAGUGGAGAAAUUACUCCGGUGUCUGGUUCAGAAGUAGAUUUUAAUACAAAUGAUGCCACAAUGGGUUCGAGUGCAGAUUGUGACAUUACAGUAACAGAAGAUAUAGACGGUAAUCCUAUUGAUGACAAUUUAGAUCCAAAUAACGAAACUAUCACUAGCGCUAGAGUAAAUUCUUUUACAAAUAUAUACAAUGCUCCUGGUAAUUCUCGAUCUAUAGACACCAAUAAUUUAUUCCAAUCGGCAAUAGGCAGUCCGAAGCUGAUUUCACCUUUAAGUUCAAACAUAAAUCUCUGUACUAACGUUUUAAAUGCAGAUCCUUUCCAAUUGAAACACGUAGAAAAUGCAGAACGACUUCAACCGUCCACCAGUAGAAUAGUUAACGAAUUUGAUAAAAACGAUCUGAAAACUAUUAUUAAGAAAUCGAAUAUUUUCGAUAAAGAGGUUCCUAAUGUGGCAAAGAACCUUUCUAUUGCAAGUUCGGAUAAGUGGUCGACAUCAAAAGAAAAAUUUUUGGAAAACAAGAAUUUUAUCAAAACGGAUAAUAUCGAUUUUGGUAAAAAUCUUAAUUUUAGUGUCGAAAAGAAAGUCGAAAAAGACAAUGAGUUAACGAAAAUUAAACCCGGAGCGGUGAUGGUUAAGGAAACAUAUAUAGAACCGCUAAAAAUUUCUAGAGUAUCGAAAAGCUUUCACGGAAAAUCACCCACCAGUAGCAGUCAAAUUGAUAUGUGUAAUAUACAAAGAAGAGCAAGUGACAGUCCGUUAGCAAGAUCGUCAAAUUUACCAGUUAUAAAUAAAGAGACCAGAAAUGUAGGCAAAGAAAUAACUGCUUUUAAGACGAAAAUGUUAGAUGAGCUAACUCAAUCCGGGAGUAGUGGUACCUGCGAUUCAUUGAUAUUAUCAGACGCAGCCAGUUGUGUGACAAAAAGUCAGAGAUUUACAACCAUAAAAGUAGACGAAGCAGAGCACGCCGCUUCAAUAGCACGGAACAUCUCUAGAAGAGCAAGUACAUCGAUAGAUGGCGUUUCAAGCACAUGUCAAAUGCCGAUGUCUUUAGAGUUUUCGCCCAGUAAUUCUACAACAAAUAUAACUCUAUCAAGCAACAAUAUAAAUAAUAAUUCAAAUAAAGAACAUGAAAAAAUAACUAAAAGUCUCUCUGAUAAUUCGACAAUUUCUCGCAGACGCGAUUCUGAAAAAUCUUGAAUGUUAAAUAGAUUGAGGUUUUUAAUUGAUAGAUACAGAAUUUACGAAAAUCUGCUGUUUUUGAUUUUUGUUUGUAUAGAACACUUUUAAUUAGGUAUUAUUUUAUUAUAGCUAGAAAUUAUUUUAAUUUAGUUAGCAAGAAUUCAACAAAAAUGUCUUGCAUUUUAUUGCAAUUAAUAAACUAUUAUAAAAACA